CUGUCAAUAGUUGCUGCUAUGAGACUUCCAGGGCCUGGUCAUGGCCCCGGAAGUUCGCCGUCUGGUAGAAAAAGUCCUGGCUUUACGUGGAUGAGCAAAGAACCAGACCUCGACGGCAAGCUUCAACGUGUUCCGGGGCCAGGUUCCCCCAAGACAACCGGAGAUGGCCACUCCAAAGUCUGGAUUCAGAGUAGCUUUGAGCAUAGAGAAGAGUUUUCCGAGGAAUCACUUGCAAAGGGUUUCACGUUUCCACCGCCAGAGCCACAUCGUCCUGGCCAAUACAGCAAUUUUCCUCGCCGUGUAUCUCCUGUAACGCUCGCUACUACACUGCUUGCUGAACCGCUCGAGAAGAAAUUUACCUCGCCACCAAAAGACAAAUUUCCAAUCCCCUUGCCCAGGGCCUCGCCUUUGGACUUGCCAGAGCUCUGUCUUCCAAGUAAACCGACUGACAUGAGCUCCGGUAUACCAGAUAUACCCGCGCGACCGCUACCUGUACGUUGCAACAUAGAAGAGAGUAGCAGGUAUCUGACUUUUUCUAGAAGCCCAUAUAUCGAAGAAUCGGCUGGUCCUCGAAGCAUCUCACCAAAGAGUGCUAAGGAAACAAAUAAUGGUACAAGGCUGUUGUCGCCUCCAGAACAUACAGCUUCUCCAAAGCUUAAUCACUAUCAAAAGCUUCCAUCCGCCGCUGCGCACAAAAUGACUCUUGCAACAGAAGACAACACAUAUCGCCCAUCACAACAGCAUGUUGAAACAAAGUCAAUAGGUAGAAACGAACAACGCCAUUCACCGCCCAGUACCUGCGGUGAUCUGGAGCUUCCCACAUACCGUAGCUAUCCCAAACCUCAGAGUCACCGACAUAAGGACUCCUUGAUCCGGUCAAUACCCUGUGCCUCGACCAAAGGUCGUAAGCGGCCGCCACGCCACCGAUCAAGCUCAAUUGCGAGCAGCAAUAUAUCCAAAAAGAGAGCCGCGAGAAACUUUCAAACCAUGACUCAUGUGUCUGAAUACUUGAAUCAAUGUCUCGAGAUGAACAAUAAUGAAUACGUGGAAGCCCGAUCAGAGGCUCAAAGGCUCCGUGGCGAUAUACAGCAUCAAGAAACAGAGCUCGAAAAGUCGCGUGCAUUGUUGGAUGAGAAAGAUGCCAAACUCAGCGAAACUGAGAAGCUUUACAAGGAAUUGCUCGAAGAAACCACCCGUACCCUUGGAGACAACAAGAGCUUGAACUCGGAGCUUGAAUCUUUGCGCCAGCAGCUAUUUGAAGAAAAGAAGCGAUCAGAACUUUUGAAAGAAAAACACCAAGAAAGUCGGUCGCGGCUUAACGAUGCCAUCAAAGAACAACAAGAUCUCUUUUCACGUUCUCGAGAUCUCUGUAAAGAGACAAUGGAUCAAUUACGAAAGGAUAAGGCGACUAAAACUAUAGCUUCGGAUGCUGUUGAUAAGGCUUUGGAAGCCAGCCAGAAGAAACGCGCAGAGAUGAAGAAAUGUUUCGAGGAAUAUCGCUUGCAAGCGGAUAAAGAUAUCCAACAGAAGGAUCAAGUCAUAACUGUCCUGAAGGAGAAGCUAAACCAUCAGGAAAGAUUAUUGGCUGAGGAGACGCAACUCGCUAAUACUUUACGUGCUCAGACAGAAGAGAUGGGUGUAGCACGAGAAUGCGUUCGAGCGUUAGAUACUUUGAUCAAUGGUGGAAAUUUAGUCGCAGGCAAGAUGCUUUCACGAGAUGACCUCGCCGUCGAGCUAGAUGCCGUCGAAAAGAACAUCAUGGAGAGUUUUUCGCCAGUCAUUUUCUCGCUGGAGAGCGGGCAAAGAGAUUCUUCAAAUGUGAUAACGCAGUUAGAGUCAUCUGUUCAACAGAAUCUUGAUGAAUUCAGAAAUGAAGCAUUCCAACUUGCGCGUAGAUGGGAAGAGAACAAGCAAGACAAUGGUGUGCAGAUCCAGGAUCUUUUCAAACAAGUUCAAGAACUUGGCAGCGGCUUAAAGAAGACAGAAAAUAUCUGUGAGCACAUCGGGCAGAAAUUCGACGCUUUAGUCGACCACGAGCAGAGCCAACAGCACACCACCGACACUCACUUACAAGGCUUGACACAGCGGUUCCUGGACCGUGAGGCGAAGCUGGAUGAUAUGGAGAGUCGGCUUCAGCAGAUGCAUCAAGGCUUCACAACGAAGAUUGAUACAAUGAUCUCCGGAGCUCUGAACGCUGACAAAGAAGCCACGAAAUUGAUUCGCAGUGCUGCUACUGAGCUUCGAGACGUUCUGGAGCGGGGCUUUGGGCAGGAGAGAGAGAGAAUAUCACAGCUUUUCAUUGAAAGCGGAAAUAUUGCAAAAGCUUUUGCGGCUAACGUCGAUGAGCAGAAGGAAUCUGCUACACAAAAUAACCACAAAAGCGAUGAGUUACAGGCGACUCUAGAAAUUGAACGUGGGGCUGUUGCACAGCUAACUCGCAAACUCCAAGAAUUUGAACAUCAAGCUCAAGAAAACGAAGUGCUUCGUGAUAGAUGGCUCAAAGAGAUCCAAAGUGUUGAAGCAGUACGAGCGCAGCUGAAGACGAUACAAGAACAGACUUCACCUGCCAAGGUUUGUGAGAAGAAGAUGGACAGGCUUGUGGAAAUCAGUGAAUUUAUUCGGUCGUCAACCAGCUAUCUAGCAACAGAGAGUGAAUGGAUCCAACAAGAACUUGUAGCUAGAGCUCCGGAGCCAACUGUUGAGGUGGACAAUGACUUGUCAGCAUCUUCCACUGGAUCAAGCGAAGGGGCGGAGAACCGACCAGCGGCGAAAGAUGACGGUGUGUUCCGCAAAGUCACUGUCUAUAGUCCGGAUCCAGGAGAGAGCUCGCCAUCACCUCCACCAACAGUGGUACAGGAGCAAAAGCGGCGUCGUGAAACUACACAGCUUAGAUCAAUUCUCAAGGGACAGAUCCAGUCUAGUACGCUACAGGUUGACCAGAACAAGCCCCCAGAUCUUUCGAAUGGCUCUCUUGGCAAAGCAGGCUCUUCAUCAAAACAAAUGGUUGCUGAAAUCUGUUCUAGAAUGGUUCAAUAUGACUGGAGCUUUCCGACUGUUGCCGAUUUUGAGAGGGACAUUCAGGUAGCCGGCAAGAAGCGAGAGAGUCCUCAGGAUAACCUGAUAACUUCGCAGCUCGAUAACCCCAGCUACCGAGGCUCAAAGAAGUCCAGAAUGAUGAGCUUUAUUGCCGAAUAG